GGUGGCCGCGUGUGGCUCCUCUGGCUCAAUAAUUACACCACUUGUGUAAACACGCAGACCUCGUGCGCCCGUCUCCCUUGUCCUCGUCGCUCCUACACCAACACCUGACGAAGGUUUAACGUGGUUGAUACAGUAUAUAUUGCACUGCUACAAGACGGUACGGCAGUCAAUGUCAACUAUUAUGGUUUUAACGAUUUAGUGAUUUGAGGCACUGUAGAGGUCAGUAACCAAAAAGAUGUUUUCCCAGAAGCUUAUCCAGGACAAGAUUAAAAGGAGUGAGAAGAAUUCAAAGAAGGCACCUUCUAACUCUCCAAAGCCUGUAAAAAUGAAAAGGAAGAAGAGUGUUUCAACAUGUGAGCCCCAACAGCUUGCAGGUGCAGUUGAUAAUCCCAAGUCUGAAGGAAAUACAUUUAAGAAGCUAGCGAGAGAUGUUAAACACAUGGAGAUAAAGGAAGGUACAUCUGCAGACUUAACCAUGCCGGAAGCCAGUAAGGGGUUUCCUCGUACACGCAAGAAGAAACUCAAGAAAAAGAACAUGGUGUCUGAUAUCCCUAAUUCUGGCAUAAAGAAGACAAAGAAAAUUAAAAAAGUGUUGGUAGUAUCAGUUUCCAAACUUAAGAAAUCUAAAAAAGGAAAUAUCAGUAGUUUAAACAAAGUAUCAAAGAAAAAUCAAAUUAAAAAAGUCACAGAAUCAUUUGCUCUACAGUUAAUGGAAAAUUCUAACCUGCAGAGGAAAAAUAUAGUAGGAGAGUUGUGCCAAGCUGGAUCUUCAAUGAAUGUUCUGAACAGUGUUGAAGAGAUGCCAUUUCAUGUGGCUAGAGACAGUGAUGAAAACCAGGAUUUGGGACAUUAUUCGGAUACAUCUAAUUCCUUCCCAUCUUUAAAUACAUGGCAGGACUCUGAUGGCGAAGAUCAAAUGAACAGCAGAUCCAUAAAUGAUGAAAAUGCUAGUACAAAACAGAAAAACUUUAGUGAAGGAUCUGAGAGUUUACAAAGAAGGAAUGUAGCUAAAAGGAAAAAUGUUAUAAAAGAAUUAACAGAGUAUCAUGAGUUCAUAGGAGAGAUUGUGGAUGUUAUUGCAAUUAGUAGAGAUACCCUUGUGGCAGCUAUUGCCCCCGGAUCUACCAUCUAUAUUCAUGGGCUAGUCCGAAUUUGUCCAUUACUUGGCGAUGCUAAAGUGCUGGGCUACACACUUAAGGAAAAAGAAAUGCAGACAAUAUAUUCUCUUUCUUCCGGUGCCUUACUUGGGAUCAGUGCAGUACGUGCUGGCAACAUUGGAAUGAUAGAUAGCAACCUUCAGGACACUAGAGUGCCUACUAGUUGGCUCCAAGAUGUCUUCAGCAAUCAGGGAGGACCAUUGUUGAUAUUAGAGGUACAGUGUUGCUUUCCACCAUUUGCAAGAUUUUUGUCGCGGCUUGGCUGGGGCCGUCUGUUUGAGUGCCGAGAGAGGCUCAAGCCCUGGUGUGAUGUUGGAGCAACUCCUGUAACAAAAUUGAAUUGGAAGAAUUAUUUCCUUACAAGAGAGGAAUCUCUUUGGCAUGAUGUGGUGGACGCAAUCAGUUCUUGUUGGACUUGUGGCAAUGUGCCUCGAGUGGUGGUGUGUGGAGGAAAAAGUGUUGGCAAAUCCACCUUCUUUAAAUACAUCAUUAACAGCUUGCUGAGUAAUAAGCCAGAUAUGGGAAUUAUGUGCCUUGAUCUUGAUCUUGGACAGUCGGAGCUUUCACUACCCUCGUGUGUGUCAUUGGUUCGAAUAACAAAGCCACUUCUUGGACCAGCAUACGCUCGUUGCAUAGAGAACUAUGCUUCGUAUGUGAAACAGGUGUUAGUUGGUGGAACAAAUCCACAGUUUAUGCUUCACAGGUACAUAGCUGCUGUACAAUAUCUGAAUCAGCUUAGCCAAGAGCAAUCAUCAUUACCUUUAAUUAUUAAUACCAUGGGAUGGACCCAAGGCACAGGUCUGAGCAUUAUGCUCGACGUUCUGCGAAUCAUUAAACCAACACAUGUUGUUCAAAUACAGAGCACUCGUAAAAAGAUUAAUUUUCCCUUUGAGCUACAUAGUAAAGACGUUUCAAUUGCAAAUGGUGGAAUUGUCACCAAGACUAAUAAAUUGGAGCUAUACUACAGGCUGUUCGUCAUGCCAUCGGCAGUAAGAAUGCACAAUACUCCCCACUCCUUUAAUCCUAAAGUGUUGCGAGAUCUGGCUAUAAUGACUCAUGUGGGCCGCUUUAUAGACCAGCCACAAGGAGACAAAGGUGGAACCAAAAAUAAUGCAUCCAAUUUAGUUAAGUUGCCAUGGCCAAGUGUGGCCCUUCAUGUGUGCAAUCACCAAAUACGCAGAGAAUGUAUAUUGCAGGUAAUGAAUGCACAGCUUGUUGCACUAUGCCAAGUCAGUCAUGAUAAUGUGUACACUCAAAGUCCAAACCAUCCAAAGCAGCUGGCAGAAGACACUGGAUUUGGAGAGUUGAUUGGCUGGGGAAUUAUUAGCAGCAUUAAUCCCUUAACUCAAGAACUGAAUAUCUUGACUUCCCUCCAACCUCAAGAGGUCACCACUCAAGUAAAUGCAGUCAUUAUGCCAGAGAUGUAUCUUCCAGAGCCAAUCUAUAAAUUAUUUUCACCAGGUUUGUUGUUGUUUUUUAUAUUUAUAUUUAAAUGUACAGUACUGUACUUAUAUAUGGUAUAUACAACAAGACAAAUAAAUAACCCAACCCACACAUUUGAAAUGAAGUGAAAGAGCGCUUCAUUUCAGAGGAAAGUGUUCUUUCAUCAGUGCAUAA